AUGACGUCUACAAUUGACAUCGAGGUUGUGCUAAACACCUUGACACUGGAAGAGAAAGUUUCCCUCUUGUCGGGCCAAAGCCUCUUCGAAACUCGCUCGAUUCCCGGCAAAGUCCCCUAUGUCAAAGUGUCGGACGGACCAAAUGGAGCCCGCGGGGCAAGCUUUGUCGGGACCAAUUCCGCCGCCUGUUUCCCAGCAGCUUGCUGCCUCGCGGCUACUUUCGAUGCAAAUCUUGCACACCAGGUCGGCGAGGCGUUGGGGGAAGAGGCGCAUACUAAAGGGAUUCGCUGCUUGCUUGCACCGACCCUAUGCAACCACCGGCAUCCACUAGGCGGGAGAAAUUUUGAAGCUUUCAGUGAGGAUCCCCUUCUAACUGGCCAACUGGCGACCGAGUUAGUUAGGGGUAUUCAAUCCAAGGGAAUCGCGGCGACUAUCAAGCACUUUGUUGCUAAUGAACAGGAGACGGAACGCAUGCGUGUGAACGCCGUAAUUGACGAAAGAGCCCUUCGUGAGAUAUACCUUCGCCCAUUCGAAAUAGCCAUCAAGGAGGCCAGGCCGUGGGCUGUAAUGACGGCGUACAACAUGCUGAACGGUGAGCAUUGCGACUCAAACGAGUUCCUUCUUCAGAAGGUAUUGCGGGGCGAAUGGGGAUGGGAUGGUUUAGUGAUGAGCGACUGGGGCGGCACCAACUCAUCAGCCGGCUCUUUGAACGCCGGAAUGAAUCUUGAAAUGCCGGGGCCAGGGAGACAUAGAACCGUUUCAGCCGUGCUGAAAGACAUUGAAGAGGGCCGUGUCACCGUCGGUACAGUUGAUGAUUCUGUCCGUGAUCAUCUCAGAUUUCUGGGGCGAGUUGGGGCCUUCACAGACCCUACAGAACAUCCAGAGCAGGCAAUUGAUAGGGUUGAGCAUCGCCAGCUCAUACGCGACGUGGGUGCUCGUGGCUCUGUAUUACUCAAGAAUAACGGAGUCCUGCCACUUUCGAGAGACAAGGUCGCAGGCAAAAGAGUCGCCCUUCUUGGAUUUGCAAAGAAAACAUUGGCUCAUGGUGGAGGAAGUGCUGCCGUCAAGGCCCACUACAAAAUCUCCCCUUGGGCGGCCAUGCAAGAGGCUAUUGGUGACAUUGCAGAGCUGUCAUAUUCGAAAGGCGCGCACACCGAGCGCUUCUUACCUCCGGUAACCGACACGACUGACAUUGGUAUUCUUACUGGCUUGGACGGCACAACAGGCUGGACACAACUGGUAUAUGAUUCAAAGACUCAUGUGCUCGUGUCCACCACCCACGGUCUGCCAAUAUCAAAGCUUGCGCCGUUUGACCCGAGCGGAUAUGGCCACAUUAUAGAGUACGUGGCUGAUUUGGUUCCCAAAGAGUCUGGCUCUCAUUAUUUUGGCACCUCUGGCAUCGGGCCUACGCAGACAUUUGUCAAUGAUGACCUGAUCUAUGAGCAGACGAGCCACACUGCAGACUCAAUGGGAUUUAUAUUUGGUCUUCAAGCAGAAGGUGUGGCUUCGUAUCCUCUGCUUGCAGGUACGAAGUAUCGUUUACGGAUUCGAACUCUGCCCUGUCCGGCGGUUCCUGGACUCCAAAUGCUGACAGGUCGACCUGGGUUCCGAUUCGGAAUGUCAGUUGCCGCACAAUUCGAUGCAGAUCUGCUCUCUGAGGCUAUUGGUUUAGCUCAAGUUGCUGACUUUGCCGUUGUGUUUACUGGUCACACGGAGCAAUGGGAGACAGAAGGCCAAGACCAAGUCUCUUUCAAUUUGCCAAAGGACGGUUCGCAAGACGCUUUAGUGUCGGCAGUGGCUUCUGUGAACUGUAACACCAUCGUCGUCAACUCCACAGGUGUCCCAGUUGCUAUGCCUUGGGUCGAAAAUGUAGCAGCGAUCGUACAGGCUUGGUUCGGUGGUCAAGAGGCUGGGGCAUCAAUUGUGGACAUUCUGACGGGCGCCGUUAAUCCGGAGGGCCGCCUCCCGGUCACUUUUCCUAAGUCUAUUGAGGAUGCUCCUGCAUACGGCAACUUCCCUGGCACUUAUGUCGAAAAUGAUCCCACAGUUUAUUAUGAAGAAGGCAUCUUCGUCGGAUAUCGCCACUAUGACCGUAUCCCAAAGACGAAGGUCAACUUCCCUUUUGGAUAUGGUCUCUCGUACUCAACCUUUGAGUUCGGGGACUUGAAAAUUACUCCAAGGCAUGAUGACUGCUACUCAAUUUGCGUCAGCGUCAAAAAUACCAGCAAACUCGCCGGUGGUACACUGGUUCAGAUAUACGCUGGCUUUACAGGAACGGAUCCGUACCAUCCAAUCAAAGCCCUUGUAGCGUUUGCGAAGGUCAGCUUAGAGCCCGGACAAUCUCGGACCGUGACUGUGUCUGUGCCGACAAGACACCUAGCAUACUUCGACGAGCAAUAUCGGAAGUGGCUCGUCAGGCCAGGGGAAUAUAUGUUUACUCUCGGUGACUCUGUGGCAAAAGCCAUUAAGACCGCUAAGGUUUUUGUGGAGAAAAAGAUUGUCUACGAACUAUAA